GAAGUAGGACCGAGCCCGGGGCAGCUCCGUAAUAAAUUAAUAUCGCGAUCUGCUCCCGCCUCGCCGACACCGCCACGAGCCCCGCGCCCGCCCCCCUCCCCCGCCCGCCUGCACUUGUUGCAGACUUCGCGCCAGAGUGGUUUCCACGUCUGCCUGUCAACUAACCAGGCUUGACUGAUCGAGAUGUAAACCUAGCCGGGUUAUUGCCUUCAUCCAGUAAAAUCUGACCUGCACUUGCUGUCCUUGCGCAUCAGUGCUGGUCGUCAUUCAGAUAGUUACAGAUGGAAUUUCAUGACUUGCUGUAUUUUGAAUAGGACGAGGAGAUGUGUCUGAUAAGCUUGUGACCAGUUCUUUCCUCUGGUGAACUGAUGUACAAAGACCAGAAGACAAAAAGCGAGGCACAGGGGUUAGCAAGAUACGUCACUUUGAGAUCACAGAAUGAAAGCAGCAUGACAUGUUAUGGCAAAGACAGCACAAGAAGUUACAAGAAUCUCACAAAUCCUCAAAAAUCAGGUGCUUGGCACGCUGAACUUACUGAUCUGAGUAGGAUUUGUGCUGUGGUCCAUUCAUUGAAGAUGUGAAACAACAUCGAGUCUGAGAUUGGAAUUACUGACAGACUGGAGGAAAUUUCAGUCCUUGUGAUGCACAUGAUGGACAUGCUGAAUUAUAAGUAAUUCUAGCUUCUUCUCCCCUCCCCUCCCUUCCCCUCACUCAGCUAUCUCAGGGUUCAUAGAGAUUUCAAUGGUUUGUGUGCCUGUAAGUUUGGAACAGAAGUGACCAAAAAUGGGGGACCAGCAAUUGUAUAAAACUAAUCAUACUGCCAACAACAACGAGAACUUGUACUACGAACAACACCAAAUGAACUCCCUUCCAUCUCUGAAUCAUAGCUAUGGGACAUCUGUUAUGGAUGCUCCCCAGGCGUCCCCCCUCUCCCCUCCAUUUCCCCAAGAUUCACGGGACAGUAUAGCUUUGCCUGUAGGUUCAAAAAGUCUUGGGUCGAUGGAUACAUCUAGACAAACCAGUUGGACACAUUCUGGCUCAGGAAACCACAUCCCAGCGAGGAACAGUUUGAAUAAUCAAAGCUCAAUGUGGAGCCCCCUCGGGCAGGGGGAGUCCCAUGAUGGAUACCAAUAUUCUUACCCGCAACCCAGCGAAAACCGGUCGCAAAAAAUUACCAGUGGGGUCCUGCACAAAUUGGACUCCUUUACACAAGUAUUUGCUAACCAAAAUCUGAGAAUUCAAGUCAACAACAUGGCUCAGGUUCUGCACACCGAGUCUUCGAUGGUGGAUAAUUCCGGUGACAGCGCGCUCCGGCAGCUGCUGUCCCAGAAGCCGGCGGUUGAGCAACAGCCCGUAGCUUCCACCGUACAAAGAUACCAACCAGUGCCACAGCAAACGCACCAGAACUUUGCAAGCACACAGCAAAAGCAACAAAUGCAAGUCAUGCAGCACCAACAGCUGUACUACGACUACCAGCAGCACUUAUCACAGAUGCAGAUGCAUUCUGCGUUCCAGCAGGGACAGGCGCACGUUCCGCAGAUGCAGUCCCAGCAGCUCCUGCCGCAGCAGAUGCAGCACCUGCAGCAGCCUCAGUACUACGGGCAGCCCCAGCAGGGACACCAGCGGCUCUCGAUCCAGGAGAUGCAGCAGCAGCCCCCGGCUCGGCAGCAGCGGCAGUGUCCCGUGCAGAUCGCGCAGUAUUACCAAACACAGCCUGUCAUGCAGCAGUUGCAGCAGCAGCAGCAGCAGAUGCAGUUGCCGCUUCCUCCGUAUCACAGGGAGCCCGAUCCAAAGACUAUGCAUGAGCCACACCAGUACUCUCAGGAUCCCGGUCAUCCUGUGCAGCUUAUCCAGCUGGGAGCAGUGCCUCAGUAUUGCUUCCAGGAUCCCCACGAACAGUACAGGCACUUGUACCCGCAGAGUUUACUGCAGCAGCAGCAGCAAGAGCAGCAGAAGCAGUUCCUGAGCGAGGGCAGAGUGCCAUCCCUGAACUCCCACGUCGGCCUCACUCCACCCGAGAGCGCCGAGGAUCCCGCACGGCAGGAGAUGAAUUCUGUAGGUAAUGCUGUGCCUCAUCGAACUCUUUUGCCUCCCCUGGGAGUUCAUCCGAACAACAAAAGCUCUCAGCAAGACUCUCCCAGCACCACGUGGCCUCAGCAGGUGCAACUUUCAGAUGGCAGACUGCAGCCACUGUCCCCAGAACAAAGUGGCCAGAACAGAGAAACACUUCCUGAGAGAGCUGAUGCGAAGAACAAGCUAAUGUGUUCAAUAUGCUUGAAGGAAUUUAAGAGUUUGCCUGCUCUAAAUGGUCACAUGAGGUCACAUGGAGGAGUAAGAGCAUCUCCUAACUUCAAACAGGAUGAAGGAGAGAAACCACCCCAGCAGCCGCUGUCUAAAGAGGUGGAUGGCCUCGCGCCCAUCGUCAUGCCAGUGUCUGUCCCUGUAAAGCUUCUGUCACCUGAGCCCAGCACACAGCCCUCUGCCAGCAGUGCCACAGUCACAGACAAGCCUGCCAACUCUGUGUCAGAUGACGAGAUGCCCGUUCUCGUGAAGAUGACUUACUCUCCACCGUGCAGUCCAAAAGUGGCCAACCCCUGCUCAUCCUCUGAAACUGGCAAAAAACCUCAUCCGUGUGCUGUAAAAUCGGAAGAAAACUUCAAACCGUUGCAGGACAAGAAGAAGUAUCGGCACAGACCCGAACCUCUCUUCAUACCUCCUCCUUCCUUCAACCUCAGCAUGUCCCACUCGGGUGCCACUCUGUACCAGAGCCAGCUGCGCUCUCCGCGCGUCCUGGGGGAUCACCUGCUGGACCGCGCGCACGAGCUGCCCCCCUACACUCCUCCGCCGAUGCUCAGCCCCGUCCGGCAAGGCUCCGGCCUCUUCAGCAGUGUUCUCACUUCCCACAGCACGUCCCACGCUCAGCUGCCCCUUACUCCACUGACACCCACUCCUCGGGUGCUCCUGUGCCGGUCUAAUAGUAUUGAUGGAAGUGUCAUUCCAGUGACGCCUGGGCCUGGAGAACAGACUGUUGAACCGCGAAUCAAUAUUGGGUCCAGGUUCCAGGCUGACAUUCCUGAACUGCAGGACAGAUUGCUAAUGGAGAAGGAUGUGCACAAGGCUACUUUGGUUUGGAAACCAUGGCCAGAACUGGAGAACAAAGUCUUCCAACAAAGAGUGGAAGACCUUUUAAAUAUGAGCUGUUCCAGUGUGUUACCUGGUGGAGGAACUAACUCAGAAUACGCUUUGCACUCUCUCUUUGAAGCAAAAGGAGAUAUUAUGGUUGCUCUUGAAAAGCUGCUGUUGAGAAAGCCAGUGAGGUUGAAGUGUCAUCCUUUGUCAAAUUACCACUAUGCUGGCUCUGACAAAUGGACACAUCAAGAAAGGAGACUGUUCAAAGAGGCAUUGUCCACCUACAGCAAAGAUUUCAUAUUUGUACAGAAAAUGGUUAAGUCUAAGACAGUUGCACAAUGUGUGGAGUACUACUAUACCUGGAAGAAAAUCCUGCGUUUGGGACGGAAACACAGAACGCGCUUAGAGAAGAAAAGAGAUGAAUGCUUGACAAGUGGAGAAGAGGAAGUGUUAGAGGAAGAUGAGGAGAUGGAAGAAGACAGAAAGGAAGAAAGGGAAAUGCAGAAGUCACCUGACCCACCAGCAAUCUCUCUUGUUGGACCUAUAGAUCUACCUGCUGUUCAUGGUCUUUCACUGUCUUCAUCCUCCUUCAUCUGUGAAAUGCCAAACUGUGGCGCUGUGUUCAGUUCCCGGCAGGCGCUGAACGGCCACGCUCGCAUUCACGGAGGGACAAACCAGGUGACGAAAACGCGCUGCACCAUGCCCGGCACCAAGCAGAAAUCCGGUACGCAGAGCGGAUAUUGCUCCAUCAAGAGCUCCCCUGCCCACAGCACAACGAGCGGCGAGACCGACCCAACCACGAUCUUUCCUUGCAAGGAGUGUGGCAGGGUCUUUUUCAAAAUCAAAAGCCGCAAUGCUCAUAUGAAGACUCACAGACAACAAGAAGAACAGCAAAGGCAGAAGGCUCAGAAAGCUGCUGUAGCAGCAGAAAUGGCAGCCACUAUUGCAAGAACUACUGGGCCAGCUGGGCAUAGUUUGAUUCCCCUGGAUCACAUGAGCCUGGUUAAACAUGUUGAAAAUGUUGGUGACAUGGAUGAUGAUGUUGUUCCGGAUCUGGGUGAUGUCAUGGAAGAGAAUGAAGUCAUGGAUGCUGACCUCUUACUGGAUGAUGAAGAUCCAGAUCUACUGCAGGAUGAUGCUGAGUUGUAAAUAAAAUUGUUUGAUAGACAGCUACUGAGCACACCCUGAAUGGAUCAAUCAGGAAACCUGGACUGCUUGUUUAUUCCCACUGAUUGUAAACUACCUGUUGAAAAUUAUAAUUCUUUUAUCCAGGUCUAGAAAAAAAAAAUCUGCUUUUUUCCUUUUUUUUUAUUAAUUUGUGUCUUGGGGGAAGAAAUAAAUAAUUGGUACAAAUAUU